UCAUAGCGAUCAUAGCAAGGAAAAAGAAUCCAGUGGUUCGUGAAUAGUUUGGCAAGAACAAAUAUAAUUUGUACACAAGGCUUGACUGUGAUUAGCUGCUUGCAGCGAUACCGAAUAAUAAAUGGAUCCAAAUCAAACCAAACAAAAACCUCUAGCGGACACUUCCACUAGUGACGAAGAGCGAUUCGAGGAUGCGUCCUGUAAAGAGUUCAAUGAAAAGGCAGUAGACGAGGUCAUCCAGCAAGUCACAGGAAUCAGUGUCGGCGUAUCUCCCAAAACUAACACAUCAUCCUCUUCGGAACAGACGGAAAAGUUUGUCGAUUGUCGAAGCGACGCAGGAAGUGACGAAGAAAUGCUAGAAAAAGAGAAGGAAUCUGAUAGUGUCACGCAGAAUGACGACUUCGUUGAUGACGAGUCACAGCGAGAUUGGGAGAAGGGCCUUAGCGAGGAGGAAAAGUUAUCCAACAAAGCGAAAGCGGAUGAACUGAAGGCACAAGGAAACGACCUGUUCAAACAGGGUGAUUUCGAAAAAUCAGCCGAUGUGUACACGGAGGCACUUCGAAUUUGUCCGGUGGAGUAUUCAGCAGAACGCUCGAUCCUGUACGCAAACCGAGCGGCAGCGAAGACAAAGCUAAACUUUAAGCCAUCCGCCAUUGAUGACUGCACCAAAGCGAUAGAGCACAAUCCGAAGUACCUGAAGGCACUGCUAAGUGUUAUUGAAUCCACUUCCAGACGGGCUACCUUGUAUGAGGAGGCGGAUAAGCUAGACGAAAGUUUGGAGGAUUUUAAGAAAAUCUUGGAAUUGGAUCCAGCAAACGUGGAAGCCAGGGCGGCUCAGUUGCGGUUGCCGCCGAAGAUCCAGGAACGCAACGAGCGCCUCAAGGAAGAGAUGAUGGGCAAACUGAAAGACCUAGGCAAUAUGAUACUGCGACCUUUUGGGCUGUCGACUCAAAAUUUCGAGAUGAAGCAAGACCCAUCCUCUGGAUCGUAUUCGAUUAAUUUCAAAAGCGGUAAAUAGUCGUAUUAGUUAUUUGAAUUUAGCUGAUGUUGUGUGACUGAAAUCGGCGUAUGUGAGUGAAAAUACAAUUCUUUUAGGCGUUAUCGUUGACCUUCGAAUCGAUAAUAAAUAUACUAGAUU